AUGGCAACAACCUCUCCCCCACCUCCUCCUUGCAAUGUCGUUCCAAUACUCCCGGUGCAGUGUUCCGGUGAGCGGGAAAGGGUCCUGCUGCUGAUCUUCCCUCCGGUGCUCCGUCGGGCAUUUUCAUUCAUUCUUUUGUGUGCCUUGGUGGUGAUGCUUGUGGACAAUGUUGAGAAGACGAAUGCUGCAACUUGUAAUCCACAAGAGUUAGUGCCAUGUGCUGCGUUUCUCUCUAGUGGGGCGACACCAUCUGUAGCUUGUUGCAGCAAGUUGAAAGCACAACAGCCUUGUUUCUGUGGCUACGUGAAGAACCCUAGUCUUAAACAAUAUAUCAACUCUCCAAAUGCCAAGAAGGUUGCUUCAGCUUGUGGUGUUUCGAUUCCUAAAUGUUAA